CUCUGCUCCCAUCCCCUCCCUGACUCCCCGUCCUGGAAGAAACAGAUGGCGGGGGUGCGGGGAGGACACGGGGACGGGACCCUAGGGAAAAAGAGAAAAUUCCAACAUCUCUUUUCAAACCUAUGACAAACUAAAAAGGGCACAAGUAAAGAUUGUAUAGCCCUUUGAAACAUUUCAAAGGCGAGGAUGACAAAUGGUUCAGUCUUUCUGUUUAUCGCUUGUGACCUUAGGAGUCUGCAGAGGGAAAAAAAAGCAGCAGAGAGCUCUGUCUUGCUGUGUCUGAGAUGGACAGACUGUUUUUCAGUGUCACAUAAUGUUUUAAGCUGCCGAGCAGGCUUCAGGAGUCUGGGGCAGGGAGCUAGGAAUGUUUCUGCUCACAGGGGUAGCAGACAGGGAUUGACGUGCCCUUUGCCCCCACACCACCACCCUGUUCUCCCUCUUGCCCAGAUGGGGACCCGCUGCCCAGCGCCAUGAGGACGAGCCGCUGCAGUCACCUGCCGGGAGUCCCACCAGAGCACCCACUGGCUCCUGUGGGCAAGGCCCUGCCUGGUGGCAGCGGUGCCCCAGCCAGCAGCUGCCCUCAGUAUGUCAUGCAGGUGUCGUCCAGAGAUGGGCAGCUGCUCUCCUCCGUCGUGAGGACGCUUGUGACACAGAGCAGCCCCUUCAAUGACCGGCUGAUCUGCAGGAUCUGCCACGAGGGCAGCAGCCACGAGGACCUACUGUCCCCCUGCGAAUGUACAGGGACCCUGGGGACCAUUCACCGCAGCUGCCUGGAGCACUGGCUGUCCUUUUCAAACACCAGCUGCUGUGAACUCUGCCACUUCAGGUUUGCAGUGGAGCGCAAACCCAGGCCACUGGUGGAGUGGCUGAGGAACCCAGGCCCCCAGCACGAGAAGAGGACUCUCUUUGGAGACAUAGUGUGCUUCUUGUUUAUCACCCCACUGGCGACCAUCUCUGGCUGGUUAUGUCUGCGAGGAGCAGUGGACCAUCUGCACUUUAGUAGUAGGCUAGAAGCUGUUGGCCUCAUUGCACUCACUGUGGCACUCUUCACUAUUUACCUCUUUUGGACCCUAGUGUCCUUCAGGUAUCACUGCAGGCUCUACAAUGAAUGGCGUCAGACCAAUCAGAGGGUGAUUCUGCUCAUCCCAAAGUCUGCUCACGUCCCCCACAACCAGCAGUCCCUGCUGGGCCUACAGCCCCUCAAAAGGAACUCAAAGGAGACAAUCAUUUGAUUUGGGCAGGUCUGCACAGGGGCCAAGCACUAAGAAUAUUUUCCUUAAACUCAGACACUGCCCAGAGCCCAGGAGCGCGCUAUUCCCAUCUACAAAUUCUUUGCAGAGGAUUGAACUACUGUUUCAAUCCAAACCACAGAUGCUGCAAUCGUAUGAUAUUUGCUAAGCUGCCAAACUUGUUUAUUUAGCAGGUACUGUAUGGAUUCUACAAAUUUGUGUUAAUUCUUGCAUCAUCAAGCGAUGCAAGCUUUUUUUAUUGUUUAAAGUAUUAAACUGUCGUAAUUAACAAUGGACAACAGGUUUUAAAAGUGCUUUCUUUUUAUAAUUUCAUAUUCCUACAGUAUUAUUUCUUUAGGUAACUAGACAGUAAUCAAUAUUGCAUUGUUUCCAAAAGUACAGCAAUGGCAUUCCCUCAAUUUUAUCUGCAGGUCCAUUAUACCAAUAUUUGGAUUAUUAAAUUUUGUCUGUAAUGAGUUCUACAAAUUUAUAUAUUAUUUAAGUGCUAUAAAGUGAUUAGAAAAAUA